AUGGUUGACGUAACUACUAUACAACCUGGUACAGUUUUUGCGUGGUUCAUGUUGUUCAUGGUACUUCGACGCGUCGUAUUGUUAGCCGUUGCUGGUAUUGCAAGACGUGGUAAGUCUUUACCUCCUGGUCGAGUUCCCGAAGAUUACAGAUCUAGAGGAAAACCCGUUGAAACUACAACAACACCAGCAUCUAAUCCAGCCGAUUUUCCGCCGAAUGUACGUGUCAAUAAAACAAUUGGCAAUGAUACAGAAAAUGAUACUUACUUUUUAAUCUUACUCUUAGCAACAGCUGUCUUCUCUGAUAGUGCUAAUGGAAAUGUUAUUCGAACAAUAGUCUAUGGUACUAUUUAUUUAUUCGCUCGCAUUUGUUUUGCAAUAACUUAUAUCAUGGGUUUACAGCCCUGGAGAAGCUUUUGUUUUGGUCUCGGUCUGGCCUGCACAUUGGCCUGUAGUUUAGAUCUUGUUAUCACCAUGUCACGACGACCAAAUUAA